AUGUCGGACCGGGACGCCGUCAAAGCCGAAGACCUCACCCGCGGCAGCCUGACCCAAGACCCCAGCUCGCUCUUCGCCGACAAAUCGUACCUGAGCUACCUCGUUCCCAAAGAAACGGACUUGGACUUGGACCAGGCACUGAAAGGUUGCGAGAAGGAUGCGUCCGUACUAGAUUCCAUAGAGCAGCGAGAUGCUCUCUUCUUUGAUGAGACGGCCAACAUUCUCCUCGUUCUCAAAAUACCGUGGCUAGAAAAGGAAGAACUCAGGGCUCAGAUCAGCAGGCUCGUCGUCUCCUUGGAGGCCCAGGUUGUGAACGGCAUUGUGCCUGGCCGAGAGACACCCCCCGCGGCGGAAACGAUAUUUACGGGACGCGUCAAGGAUGUGGACAACCCCCAUAUCAUCGCUGGCGAAGACGGCAGCGAUCCGGAUCAGGGCGCCACCCAGAACAUAUACGCUGUGUGGAAGGUUCCGGUGUUUCUGGCCCGUCCACGCCUGCGGCCGCACAACCCUUCCAUCGUCUUCUCCGCAUCAGCGAGCGUGAGGCCGGAGGUCGCCCGAGAGCUGAGGUCGCAGCGCGCUGGCUACCUCCGGAGCGGCCUCCCCGCCAGCUUCAACCUCCUCGAAUCCUUUUCCGGCGAUCCUGCGCUCGAGGGUGUAAAGCCACGGCUUUCCGCCGUGCGGGUGUCCCGCGUCGCGCCCGUGGCGACGCAGCAGGACCUCAUGACCCACCUCCGAGCGCUGGGGCAGCUGACCCUGCCCAUCUUCCCCGUCCUUCAUGCGAGGAUACGAUUCUCAAAGCCAAACACCUCGCCCCCCAGCUCUGCCAUUGUCGCACUUUUGGAUCUAGAUUUUGGCUCCCACUUCGACUGUGAGGUUUCGCUUGAUGACGUCAAGCUGUUCGCCCCAGACGCCUCGGUCGAGAGCUUGAGCGACGACGCGGCCAUGAGAUUGCCCUUGCGUUGCGUCUCCCAUGAUCACGUCACAUUUGUCUACCUCAUCAAGCGACACGAAUUCGGCGUCAACCCGCGACUGCAGAUGGGGAACCUGGACAUUUCCAUCGCCGCCUCGGUGCACGUCGUUCCAGGCACCUGCGUCCCGCGCCUCUCCUUGAACUGGAGUGCCAUUCUCGACUUCUCGACGCCCGUCAACCCCAACUUUAGCACAUCCACCGACACGGGCAUAAGUCGCUCCCGUCGCCCCUCGCAGCUCACCAUUGGCAACGGCGGGGGGAUGACGCCUCUCAAGUCGCCAUCCGUCACGCAGCCCGACGCCCUACCGGCACUCGAAGCAUCCAGCAACCAAACCGAGGCAUCGCUGCCUGACCUUGGCAUCACCAUGUGCUUCACCGGCCCGUCCGAACCCAUCCGUCCGGGCGAAGUCUUCUCCUGGUCCGUCUACGUCGUCAACCGCUCAAACGAGAAGGCCACCCAGCCACCUCGGAAGCUCGCUCUCAUCGCCAUCCCCAGGCGUCGGCGCAACGACGUCAGGCACGUACGGCCGCCGUCGACGGCCUCCAGGCGCCGCGGUGAAAAGGAAGUGGCAGACGCAGCCGUGGAUGAGAACGUGCUGCACGCCAUGCAGAAGAACUCAGUCGUCACUUCCACCGAUGUCAUCUGCCUCAGCUCCGACACGAGGGUUGGCCCGCUGGCGCCAGGAGCCUGCCACGUCGUCGAGCUGCAGUUCCUUGCGCUGCACGAAGGAGUUGUUGGCAUCGAGGCCAUCCGAGUCAUGGAUUUGGGCUCCCAGGAACACGUCGACAUCAAAGAUCUUCCGAUUGUGGUGGUGGAGCCAGCGACUGCUUAG